AUGGCAGCCCGGACAGAGGUUGCGGGAGCGGCGGCAUACGCAGCUGUGGGGGUGGCUGAGUUGCUAUGGGAUGAGAGUCGGCACCCACUUGGGGCAGGCUGGCGGGUGGUGGCAAAGAAGGAGCUGGCGCCGGGUACCGUGGUGGUGCGCGAGAUUGGCUGCGCAGUUGCUGCGAGCGAGAGCGGGGCCAUCUGCCCCGUCUGCUUUGAUAUGCACACAAGCACACAGGAGGAGUCGGAGUUGGCCCCGUGCCGAGCGCUGGCUGCCCGUGAGCAACGCAUUUUGGCACCACUGAUGCAGGCGGGCCUCUUUGACGAGCUACAGGCGUACGGCGUCGAUCGGCAGCUUGUGCUACUCUGGCUACGCGUGAUCAAUUUGGCCGCGACAACGAGCGAUGAUUUGCCUGCGCCGGCCGCGGCACGCCUGCAGGCGUGGCGUGAUACCCUAUGGGGUCUUGCACAUCAAGAUGUUUCGGCACCCUCAGACACCUGGUUGAAUGGUGUCACCAUGGCGGCCGUUGUGCUUGUUCAGGGGCUGCCGCCGGCCGUUGUGGCCGCGGCCACGGACUUGCUUCUGCCUCUAGUGCAGCAGUCCAGUCAUGGCGAAAGCAGCGGGUCGCUGGUUGAAGUAUUGGUGCUGCUGGCUGGCAUGCUCAAUCGCAAUGGCUAUUCGGUACGGGCAGCACGCGAGCCCAACCGAGAGACGGCAUGGGGGCACUUUCCUGUCAUCGCCCUCGUCAACCACAGCUGUCAUCCUAAUUGUGCAGUGGUAUCGCGGCCGGGAGGCGAGCUCGAGGUCCGCACACUUGGGACCGUCCGAGCAGGAGCAGAACUCUUUGUAUCCUAUGUAGACCUUACCUUGCCGCGAGCGGAACGCCAGGCCCACCUCCUGGCCAGCAAGGAGUUUACUUGCACCUGCUACCGGUGUCAGCAUCCCGAUGCGUUUCCCCAUGAGCACGAGGCGAGCAUGCCAUCUUGUCCGCAGUGCGGGCUAGCUCUGCGCUGGACACAAACAAGCGCAUCGGGCAAGGACGAUACAGAAACGGCCACCUGCUACAGUGACGCUGGUGGCUGUGGUGCCGUGGUGACGGCCAGUGCUGUACAGUCACGUCUGACCGAAGCCCGUGAGGCACUGAGUCAGGCGGGGGAACCAUCAGCAGUGGCAGACGUGGUAGGUUCGCUCCUACCUGAAGAGCACGCUCUGGUGAUGCAGGCCAGGCUGCGGCUUUUCGCUCGCCUGAACAAGGACGAGGCACACCGGGAGGGCGCCCAGGAACAACUGGCAAAGGUGGCGGCAAGUCUGAGCCGCCUCGUGCCGACGCUUUGGCCCGAGCUGCUGGAGUUUGAAUGGCUUGCUUUGCGCUCGGCCCACGCGCUUGCGUGUGAGGGAGACCAGUCUGAUGCCAGUCGUUUGAAUUCUCGUCUCACCGCCCUUCGCUCGCGGGCCGAGCGCAUCUUCGGGCUUGGUCAUCCCUUUGUCGAGCAGCUGCAGUUUUCUACGUAA